AAGCCACUCUUUUAGACUUCUCACUUCUGGGUGCCCUUAUCAGUUCCUCACCCAAACACAGGGAGCCUUUUGUCUUGCUGAGCAGAUUUUAGAACAACGAUUACAGAUUGGUCUGUGCUAUUAUGACAACUAUGAAUAUUUCCAUAGAGGAUGUAACCAAAGACAGAACACCUCUGUCACUGUGGGUAGUUUUCCUCUCCAUGUACUACAUGCUUAUCUUCACCAUCGCUGUUCCUGGAAACGCCCUGGCUUUGUGGGUCUUCUGUCAACAAAAGAGCAGUUCACCUUCCAAGGUCUUCCUAAGAAGCCUGUCCAUUGCAGACAUCUGUUAUGUCCUUAUUUUACCUAUGCGCAUAGAUUACCACCUGUCUGACAGCCACUGGCCCUUUGGAGUUAUCCUCUGCAAGCUGUCUGGCUUUCUCUUUUACCUCAACAUGUACUGCAGCAUCUACCUGAUGGGAUUCAUCAGCCUGGACAGGCUGUUAGCUGUGAUUUUACCUCUACGGUCUCAGGUGGUAAGGAAGCCUUUGUAUGCCAAUGUUGCUGUGGCCAUACUAUGGACUAUGAUUAUUGGGUCUAUGAUUCCAUCACUUUUCUCGAGACACCAUCAAAACACCUCAGCUAAUAUGUCUGUGAGCCAUGACGAGUGCAACAUGCUGUACCUUGAAAACAGUACAUCAUCCAACGCUCUGAUCUCCACCAUGGUUGCUUUUCUUCUUCCCUUCAUUACCAUUAUCAUUGCAUAUAUAGUGAUUCUCUUGAAACUAAGGACCCUGACCCAACAUGAAGGACGUCCUGUGAGGGACAAAGCUGUAAAAAUGAUCAUUCUCGUAGUGAUGAACUUCCUGUUUGCUUUUGCUCCCUAUCACAUCUGCAGGGUGGUAUACAUUAAACAGAUAGGUGGAAGCUUGGAUUUAUUGAGAAGACCCAAUCAGAUCACGUCUGCGCUGACCUGUAUUAGCGGUGUGCUGGAUCCCAUGAUGUAUUUCUUCUUAAACCAAGCUUACAGAAAGACAGUUUUACACCUGUUCUGUAAAACAAGACAAUAUGGUCUGUAAGCUUCUUGAAUGAUGUCUGUUGAUGGAUGUUAUUUUUUAUUCUGAUAUAGGUAAUUUUCCACAUUUUUUUCCAAGCAUCUUUCAGAAUUUGAAUCUACUGCUUUGUGCUAAAGCAAAUAUAUAAUUCUUUUUUUAUUAUUAAACAAAGCACCAGACUGCGCAUAAUUAGAGGUGCUACAUUUAUGUUUAAUCUAAACUUCUAUCUUUCUUAAGUCUAGGAGUGCAUGGAAAGGGAUGCAACUAUCUAUAUUAACAGCUAACUUUAUUUAUUUAACUUUAUUUGAAUUUUAUGUUUUAAAUUUUAUGAUAGAUUUUUCUCAGACAGAUGAAAAACCAGGUAUAGUAUUCAAUAUUGUUUUGUUAAAAAUAUGUGCCAGUUACUUAUAUGUAACAUAUGUAACAGAAACACCUUCUACUUUAGUUAGAGCUGCGAUUGUUUUGGGGUAUAUGUCUGCCAGCCUUGUACAUCUAAAAAACAAUAUAUUUGUAUCUAUUUCUCUUUACAAAAUAGAUCAAAUAUUUCAGGCUGAGGAAAAAAACCUGUGCACAUCAAGCUUAAUGGCUUGCUUUUAAAGUCUUCUAGGAUUGAUGUGUAUUUAGCUCCCUCUAUUUUCCCAUCAACUCUCACAGAAGCAUCCCUGCAGCAUGAUGCUCCCACCACCAUGUUUCACUGUCAGCAGGGUUUGUUAAGGGUGAGAUGGAGACAGAAUCUCUUGAUGUUGGCCAAAUACAUACAUUUUCAUCACAUCCGACAGCGACUAGACAAAACUCGACAAACCUCACCUAACUGUGUGCUCUCCCUGCAAAUGAGGAGUUAAAAAGCUUAAUCACUCCUCCAGAGUGAUUAAGCUCCAGAGUUCCCAUCGACUUCUUAACUGUUUCCUUCAUUAAUUUUAUCCUUUCCUGGUAUUUUAGUUUAAGUUAAUGGCCAUGACUUCACAGGUUCCAGUUGUGUUAUACUCUGUUUUUCUUUUGAUCUUUUAAACAGUGCUUGGUGAGAUUUUAAAAGCUCAAGAUUAAACUUUAUUAUCUACGCCUGCUUUAAACUUCUCUACAACUUUACUCCUGACCCGUAUUGUGUUUUCCUUUCUUGUGGUGUUUAUUCAAUUAUGUUCUCUGCAAUACUAAGUUUAAAUUAUACAUAGGAAAACUUUCCCAACUAAUUUGUUUCCUUUGGAGGUUACAUGUGAUUUUGGUAAAGAGAAAAAGCGCUUAUGUUUAUUUUUUUUUGGUAUUGGUAAGACUUGAAACAAAAAACAUCAUUUUCUUUCUGCUUAAGGUAUAAAAACGUCAAGUUGUAUUUGUAGUUUUUAAUUGUUUUGUACUUUAUUGAAUAGACCUAAUACUAAAACUAAUAAUAACCAUGAAAGAAUAUAGAUAUCUGAAUUCUUGCAUGGAAAGAAUUACAACAGCACUUCCUAGUGUUAAUUGCAUUUAGAUUUUAUUUUUCUAGAUUACAAGUAAUUUAGUGCUUAGAUAGGAAAAAGUGUUGUAUCUAUUUUUUCUAUCAUGAACAAAAAAUUAGCUAGAAUACUCUUUUUGUAUUAGAAGUAUGGUCUCAGGCUAUGGUCUCUGAGGGUUGCAGGGGGGGGGGUUAUCAUAGCAUCAUUUAGGGAAAAAAAAUUAUAUUAAUAAUGCAAUACAUAGAUUGGUAUAGUAACAAACGCAUAUCUUGUGCACUAUAUUUUACCACUGUUGCCAAAAGAGUUUUUCCAUUAUAAAAUCUGGCAUAAAAAAAGUCUGUUUUAAAAUACUAUAAAGCCUACUUAGUCUGACCUGAGUUUAUUUAAGGCAAGUCUUGGAAAACUUUUGCAAAACCACUCAAAACGAAUAACCCUAAACUUUUCCAUUUUCCUUAGCAAAAAAAAAAA